GGAACGGAAGGAAAUAGUGGACGUACUUACUUCCGUGUUGUUAGCUUGUUAGCUUAAGUCGUUCUAACUACGAAUGAUGUAAAAGUAUUGAGUGAUAAUUUAUUUUUUCCUUAAAUACGUUUGAGUUUCCAUAUUGUGAUGCGCUUCUUAUUGAAAGUCGGUAAAUUAAUCUUAAACUAUGUACAUCUAUAGUAAAUACUAUGGGCCGUUUAAGUGAAUGUAUAGUACCUACAAAACAGGCUAACCACAGAGCAUGCCGAAGCUAACGGGGGUUCAUUUAGGUGUACAUGCAGCCUGGUAACUAGAAUUUCUCGCUUUAAAAUUCGUUUUCAUUUGCAUAUACUGUGACAGUGGUAACAUUAGUACCUAUUUGAAAGUGAAGGUUGUUAUGUAGCACCCAAGACAGCUGCUCCUUUGUGUUUACAUCCCCUUCAUCGUCUCAAUGGGGAAAAGGAAAGACAUGAUUCACCCCAGGUUUCUGAGUGAAGGCAGCUCUGGUCUGCACAGCGUCCACAAGCAUAAAAAACAGCAUAAAAAACACAAGAAACACAAGAGGAAACACCACAGCUUCCCAGAGGCCCCGGAGCCUGAGCCUAUAGUGGCCCCUCGGCCUCCUCCUCAGCUCAGACUCAAGAUCAAACUGGGAGGACAGACCCUGGGGACCAAGAGUGUUCCCACCUUUACUGUUCACCCUGGUGUGGCCCGUCCUCCAUCACCCCUCAUGAUCAUCGAUAAUGAUGACGAUGAUGACGACGAAGAUGAUGAUGAGGAUGAUGAGGAACCCUCUGUGCCUCUGGAACAGUAUCGAGCCUGGCUAGAUGAGGACAGUAAUAUGGCCACCUCACCCAUGCCAGACCUGGACUCGGACUCGAUGCUGGGCGGUCCAGUGGAUGAGGAGGAGCGCUGGCUGGAUGCUCUGGAGAAGGGAGAGCUUGAUGAUAAUGGAGAGUUAAAGAAGGAGGUGGAUGAGUCUCUUCUCACAGCCAGACAGAAAGCCCUUCUCCAUAAGCAGCAGAGUCAACCUCUGCUGGAGCUGCCCAUGGGCUACAAAGAGAAGGAGAUGACCGCCGAGAUGAUGCAGAAGCGCGAGGAGCGGGCCAGAAAGAGACGCCUCCAGGCCGCCAAGAAGGCCGAGGAGAACAAGAACCAGACCAUCGAGAGACUGACCAAGACCAGCAAGGCCAAGAUCAAAAGCAUGAGGGAGAAGAAGUCCAAGCAGAACCAGUGCCCCAUGGUCCGCUACAGCGACUCGGCCCAGGGUCUGGCCAUCUCUUUCCCCGCUGGGGUCUCGGCUCCAGCCCCGGCCCCUCCCCGGCCCCCACCGCCGGCAGCUGUGAACUGUGGGGUCAGCGGCUGCAACAACACCAAGAAAUACUCGUGCUCCAAGACCGGGGUUCCACUCUGCAGCCUGGAGUGUUACCAGAGGAACCUGCUGCUGGUUCAGGGCGCCGCCUGAGAGGAGGACGCCAACACACGGUCCGUUAAUCACACAGAUAUGGAAGAUUUCACAACAACUCACAUGAUGACAAGAUGAUUUUUAUCUCUAAAGACUCACAUGUGACAGAAAUGGUCAGAAAAGUCACGUCUUGUGGAUCUUCAUGUGAGGUUUGACUUGGAUAUACCAAAUUUGGUAAAUGUAUCAGGUACAGACAUGGAAAAAAGCUUCUUGGAGCCGUUUUCUAAACUAAAAUGUCAGGAUUUGGUUAGAAUUUGCCGUUUUUUUUUUUCCUUGCUAUUAUAUUGUUGAAAAAGUAAAAAGAAGCCUACAAGCCCACAUUGAGACCUCCAAUGGGGAAGUGUGAGAACCUAGUCAUUUGUGGUUGCAGGUUUAACGGAACAAUAAUGUCCUAAUAAGACUGUUUUCCAGUGUAAAUUGGUGAACAAUGAAUGAAUGAAUUAACUGUAGGUGUAAAUAUUAAUAAUUUAUAGUGUAUUCUUGCUCUAAUAUGCUGAGUUUGUCAGUGGAACAUGAAAUACAGAGGGCUCUGAAUGUAAAAUAAGGUAGAUUCCGUUUUUAUAUCAUGAUCUUUGUUUUGGGAAUGUCAUAAAAAUUAUGUUUGCUGUCAUCAAAUAAUUCCAGCUGAGGUAUAAUAUUAUCCUGCGACAUUAUUACUGAUUUAAUGGAGAAUUUAACUGAAAAUCCAUGAUAAAUAAAGAAAAGAAUAAGAGACACUGUGUUGCUUUUGUAAUCUCAAUCUUCAUUUUUAUAAGAAAUGACUCCAUACAAAACUGUACAUACAACUUUAAAUUAAAAAAAAAAAAGAAAUUCUUCUGUAUACAAUGUGUGAAAAUAUCAAUAGAAGCCUUUUUUUU